AUGAAACUUGAUAAUAAUGCCGCAAGCAGCAGCACUGACGAUAAAACCCGUCCAGAAACACAAAGGAACCCAGAAGUAAGUUGAGUUUGAUUUUUUUUGUCUGAUGUCUAGUGUAAUAUAAGGGAGUGUUGUUUUCGGCCUAAAACAAGGUCUGAAUGGACUGAUUAGGUGCUCUAUGGAAUUUCGAAGGCAAGACGGACGUUUUCAUCAGGAAAUGUUGUAAAAAACAGAGGGGUUUUACUUCCAGAACUCGAAACUUGUGUUUUUGGCCAAACAAUUUUGUAUCCCUAAAUUGCGCUAUGUGAACCUGCCUGAACUUUGCUCCAAUUUACGUCACGUUCCCGAAAGUCCUUUCUAGUGCCUGCAAUUGCACGGGUAACUCGAUUGUUCCCCUCAUCCACAUUAUUCUUGGGCACGUGCGGCGAAAGCAGCCCCGAAAACGUGCCGCGGCCGCUGGAUAUUUUUCGAAUACGACGAAAAAGCACUCGACGCUCAUUUUUGGCCAGAACAGGGACGGAACAGCCGGCUUUUUCGCUCUUUUUUUCUUAUUCUUUUCCAAUCUUGGGUUGUUCGCCCUGGAUUCGGGCUUUGUCCGAGUUUUCCGUGCUCUUGCUCCGUGAUUAUGCCUUGUAUCGAGGGCUCGCAGAGUUCAUGAGGUCUCAGGUUGAUAUUUGUUUAGAAUUUUGGGGAGUUGAGAUAUUUUUUGUGGAUUUUUUAUUAGUUUAGCUGAUCUUUGAUGAAGAGUGCAAAAUUUGGUCGAGUUUUGGUAGCUUUAGCGGAUUUUUUGAUUUGGAAUGGCAGUGCUGUCGUAUUUUAGGUAUUCUGGUUGUCUAAAGUUGAAAAUUUUUUUGAAAAAAUAAGCCUUGGAUACUAAUUUGGCCAUUUUUUGAUGGUUAAUAUAAAAUUUGGGCAAUUUUGAAGAUUUUUUUCUGUUUCAAGUUUUCCAAUAUGUAAAAUAUUAUAUUUUGCUUUCUCUGGACGCUUAGAAUUACAAUUCUUAAGACCUUUUCUUCCUUAUUACUCUGUUUUUGAUGAAAUUUUGAACUAAUGAGAUUUGCCCAUAGAUAAUCGCAUUCCCAUCCCUCCUCAUGGGCGUAAUUGAACAAAAAAUGGCACUUGUAACAUUCUUACCUCCUGAGUUACAAUGUUUUUGCUAUUAUUUGAAUCUGUAAAAACGCUUUUUUGCACCUUUAAUCUUAUUGUGGCCAAAAGAAUUUACAAGGUUCCAUAAUUCUUCCGGAAGCCCCGCAAAGAAGUGAUGAUUAUCUAAAGAAAACAGGAUCGUACGAGAAAUAAAUGGGCCAAAAAAACAACAAUGCAUCCGAUAAACAAUCUAAUUUAUGGGGAAUCCAUAAACAUGUGAUUUUUGAGCGGAAAAUGGCCUUUGUGGCCUUAAAUUUGGGAAGGGAAGUGGUCAGGUCGAGCAAGAAGCCAUUAUUUUGUAUUGAAAAAUGGCAAAAAAUAUCGAAUUUUUGACAUUUUUCGGGCUCAGAAUCGCUCUGGUUUCUGCAAAGCGCGAUCUAAAAAUGUCGCAAAUUUCCUGCGAGGGAAUGGGCUGAACUGUUUGUGAGGUUUCAACACCAGAAACAAACAAAAAUUCUGAUAGAAGCAAAACUUGAAACUGAUUUUCUUUUUCUGCCGAAUGGGACAAGAAAUACCGAAAAAAUCCCAUUCAAUUACAGUGGGGGACCUGAUCCAGUGGCAAAAAAACGUACCAUUUUGCAUCCAGGAAGUAUCAAAAAAUGUGGCAAAAUACCUCUCUCUCCAAGUGAAAAAAACUCAGUUUUCAAAACCGCGCCCGCUCUUUCUGUGAUGAGGAAAAAGGGCACGCCCUUCAAAACGAACUUUUUUCACUUGAAGAGGGAAGCAUUUUGCCAAAUUUUUGAUACUUCCCGGAUGUAAAAUGUACGUUUUUUGCCACUGGAUCAGGUCCCCCACUGUAAUUGGAUGGGAUUUUUUCUGUGUUUCUUGUCCCAUUCGGCGGAGAGAGAAAGUCGGCUUCAAGUUUUGCUUCUGUCAGAAUUUUUGUUUGUUUCUCGUGUUGAAAGCUCACAAAGAGUUCAACCCAUUUCCUCGCAGGAAAUUUGCGCCAUUUUUAGUUCGCGCUUUGCGGAAAUCAAAGAGAUUCUGUGCCCGAAAAAUGCCAAAAAUUCGAUAUUUUUUGCCAUUUCCCAAUAUAAAAUAAUGGCUUCUUGCUCGACCUGACUACUUCCCUUCCCAAAUUUAAGACCACAAAGGCCAUUUUCCGCUUAAAAAUCACGUGUUUAUGGAUUCCCCAUAAAUUAGAUUGUUUAUCGGAUGCAUUCUUGUUGUUUGACCCAAUUUUCAUAUCGCGCUUUGUAGAAAUCGCAAUGAUUUCGCCUGAAAAUGCCAAAAAUUCGAGAUUUUUUGUCAUUUUUCGGUUUAAAAUGUCAUGUUGUUCGACAGGAAAGUUCUCUUUCUCAAUGUUAAGCACAAAAAUAUUUUCCGCUAACAAAACAUUGUUUAUGCGGAUUCCUCCUAAAUCGUUUGGUUUUUGGUCGAAAAGCUGCACAAUUCAGUCCCGCCAAAAAUUCCAUCGCUAUCAGUCUUAUCAACGCGACGGCUAGUCGUUUUUCGACGAGGUUCGUAACACCCCAAAGUUGUUAUUAAUCUCCUUUCUUUGGGGUUGUAAAUUUUCGAAAGACCCUGUAAUGUGGGGGUUCUUUAACGAGGACGAGGCCCGAUAAUGGGCUCUAAAGAUGUUAUUCAGGGUCUGGUAGGCUACAAAACAGAUUUGAGGAUGAAAGUUGGCUGGAGAAGAUCGCAUUUGGAGUAAUUAUGAUGAUUUGUGGGAAACAUUGUUAUUUUAAUCAGAUUUUUGAUGAUUUAAGGGUAGUUUAAGGAUGGUAAGACGCUGUAAAGUUUUCUGAGGUACGUUUGGAGUAGAUUAAUAGUAGUUCUAGAGGUGUUUUUAUGUUAUCCAUGACAUUAGUUGACAAGUUUUAGUGAAAUUUGGGAAUUUAUAAAAAUUUCGUAGAAAAUUGAGCCCUCAAACGAUCUUAUAUUAUUCUACGGAGUAGUAUGAUUAAUUGUGAAGAGUUUCCCGCUGUUGUGACGAAAUUUUUAUAUUAUUCAUGGCUUAAAUAAAAAAAAUAAAAAAAAUGGUUGACUAUUUUUUGCUAUUGUUGCUUAUUUAUGGAGUUAUUUUCCUCGAAAGAAUGUCUGCUACAAUUUUCGACAAGUUCGAAUUAUCUUUUGCCCCAAAACAAAAUUUUAAAAAACUUGAAGUGUUUUUUCCAUUUUAUUUAUGGCUAAAAUAAGCUGUUUUUUUGUUGUUGUUUGGUUGACCGACACUUCUUUUUUGUCGCAAACAGUAUCUACUGUAAUUUAUCAUGAUCUAAAACCGUAUUUUAGCCUAAAUCCGGAAGUUCCGAACGUUUCGGGGCCACUCUUUCUAGACUUUGCUCAGCUUUUCGGUCUCUCUGAGUUUCAUAACCCGGUUCCGGCCACUCGUUUUUGAUCCCCGCCGGGCCCGAGUGGUACGCGUCAUUGAAGGUUCGAAAAGCCCCUUUGAUUUGGCAAUAAGUUUAUUUGCUCGUUUUAAUCUCCAUUUUUACUUUCGGGACGUUUCGUGGGUUUCGCAAUGGAAAUUCGCAUGUCUUGAGGUGUUUGAAUUGCACUUUCAAGCAAAAUAAAUAAAAAGUAAUGGUGGGUUAUUGUUUUAUAACUGGGUGGGAGGUAAUUUGGACCUUAUGGAGAUGAUUUGGACCUUAUCUAUGGCAAAAAUGGCUUGAAAUUUAAAAAAUGCGCAUAAAAAAUUAAAUAUGUGUGUAGUUUUUAAUAAAAGUUGGGUUUAUAUUGACGACAGAGGCUAUAAAGAACGUAUAAAUAGCAGUUCCAAGAGUUAGGAAUUGAGAUUUUAAGAUUUAUCCAUCAAUUUACCUUGUUUUGGGCCUGUUUGCCCAAACAACCUGAAUUUGUGAUUGUUUUCGCAGAUUUGAUGCUAAAUUAUGGCGUGUGAAAAUUUAUUUUGAUUAAUAUAUGCUCCAUGCGAUCGUGCAUUGGUCUGACUAACCUUUCGGAGUGAGAAUUCAGCUAAAGUUUUAUAAAAUGACCUAAAAUAAAGUCAAAACAUGACUAAAAUCUGGGAAGGGUGCAGUGACGGACCUGAUCCUGUGGCAAAAAAACGUAUCAUUUUGUAUCUGGGAAUUAUCAAAAAUGCAGCAAAAUACCUCCCUCUCCAAGUGAAAAAACCCUUUCCCUCACUAAAAGAGCGGGCGCCCUUUUGAAAUCGGAGUUUUUUCACUUGGAGAGGGAGGUAUUUUGCUACAUUUUUGAUACUUCCCGGAUGCAAAAUGCUACGUUUUUUGCCACUAGAUCAGGUCCGCCAUUGUAGCCUUCCCAGAUUUUAGCCACGGUUUGACCUUAUUUUAGGUCAUUUUAUAAAACUUUUGUUGAAUUUUCACGCCGAAAGGUUUGUCAGACCACUGCACGAUCGUAUGGAGCAUAUAUUAGUCAAAAUAAAUUUUCACACACCCUUAUUUAGCACCAAAUUUGCAAAAACAAUCAAAAAUUCAGAGUUUUUCGGGAAAACAGGACUAAAACAUGGUAAAUUGAUUGAUAAAUCUUAAAAUCUGAAUUCCUAACUCUUGGAACUGCUAUGUAUACGUUCUGUAAAAAAAAAUGUGGCCAAAAUCUAUGAAAACUAGGAAAUUUUGCUUUCGAAAUGUCUCAUUUUCCUUUAUUUUUACUGGGUAUAAUUCAUCACUAGUUUUUUCAUAUUUGAUUUCUCAACUUUUUUCCAAACCUGACAAGUUUAGAAGACCUUUUUACGUAAAAAUCCCGUUCAAAACGCCCGUGACACCCAUCAAUUUGCAGAUGUUUUCCUCACAGCUGCUCCUCGACCUUUUGCUGAUCUUUAAAAAUUGAAAUCACCUUCUGCGAUUUUUUAAUUCACGUUAUAAAGCGCUCGGAUUUUGUUUUGUCUAGCUUUUGCAGGGAUUAGGCUCGAAUUAAUCCAAAUUCCAAUCUUUUUUCCCCAUUUUUGGCGGAAAUUUGGAAAGAUUAAGAAGCCUUGUGUGUGUUACAGCCUUUUGAAACUUUUUUGACUCAUGUGGAUUAGGAAAAUUGACCGAAUUUUGAGAUUUUUUUGGGAGAAUUUGGGAUUUUUAGUGUAUUUUCGGGGAUUUUGUCGAAAUUUUUGGUAAAAUGAGGGUGUUUUGAAUGUGGGAGAACGUAUACACCAUAUUGGGGAAAAAAUUAUGAUAUCUGGAAUUGUAUUUUAGCUGCUAAAAGUCAUCAAAAAUUGGUUUUUUGAGAUUUUUACAAAAAAAAAAAUUGUGAAAAUUGUCAGAAAUCUUGUUGCUUUACAUAUUUUUCAUAUUUUUGGAGAGGAUUACGGUAUUUGAAACCGUAUUUUGUACGAAAUUAAGGCCAGAAACUUGAUUUUUUCGGGAUUUUUGAUUUUCUCACGAAAAAACUUCAAUUUAUUGACGAUUUCCCCCUCAAGUCGACAAAAUUUCUCUGAUUAUCGCCUCUAAACAGGCCUAUCUCCCCUCAACUAUCAGUUGCAUCAUAAAUUCGACUAUUUCCCUCCCUUUUUUGGCGUUUUUUCGAAUUCUUCCCAUUUUCGCCUUCCCAGCCCCGAAAAAGUUGUUAACCCGGGGCCUUAUCAGGCCUCGUGCCCUCCCCAAGGCCCCGAAAUAAUUACCGACCCAUUCCGUGAGUGACGUUCCCCCCGUGAAGAGCUUAUAAUUAAGCCAGGGUAGCCGGAAAUGUUCUUCGUAAAUAAGUGAAAAAAUGCGAAAAAUUGGUGGGCCAGAGUACUCAUUACUGCUGAUUAUGGGCUUGCAGAGAUGUAGAAACCAGAAAAAAUUAUUUUUGAAGAAAGGGAAAUGGGAUUUGGACCUGAAACUGGGCUUUUCGGACCUAGUGUAAUAUUGGAGUAGUUGAAAAAUUGCAUGAAAAGGGGUGAAAAUGAAUAAAAUUGGGCUGUUAUUGAAGUUGCAAUGAGCUUUUGGGAGAAUUUUGAAGUUUUUUUUUAGAAAAUUGAGAAUUUUUUAUAUUGUAGUAGGCAAAAAUAUUCGUGUUUUUUUGUUUUUUUUAAUUCUAUUUUGCCUUAAAUUGAUUCUAAAGACUAUUUUCAGCAAAAUCAACCCGAAGAAAGCGAAAUGAGUGGCCGCAAAAACCACAAUGGCUGUUUUGGGACCCCGCCGUCCGUAAAUUUCUUCACUUCAGUGGACGAGGACUCCACGGACAUCUCGGAAACCGAAAAACAAGAGGUGGAACGGCUCGCCGAACAGGCGAAACGUCAACAAAUUUCUUCAAGGCUACCGAACUCGAAGAAUUGGACCUUGAGUAAGCAAGUUUUAAAUAGAACUUUGCACGGUGCGGUUUGCUAGUGUAAAAAAGCCUAGGAUUUUGCACUGUGCGAUUUUUUAGUUUAAAAAAGCCUAUGGUUUUGCACAGUGCGAUUUUUUAGGUGAGAAAAGUCUAGGAUUUUGCACUGUGCAAAUUAUUAGUUGGAAAAAGCCUACGGUUUUGCACAGUGCGAUUUUUUAGUUGAAAAAACCUAUCUUUUUGCACUGUACAAUUUUUCUCUUCGCUAAAAAAUUUGAAAAACUCGACAUCGUAUGGUUUCAAAAAAUUUCGAGAUUUUUUAUUUUUUCUUUGUUCGCCGUUUACAAAAAAAUCUCAACUUUUCCCUUUCAGAGCAAGUAGACAGCGAAAUCUUUGAUCCGUCGCCUUUCAAAACGGGCCUGGAAGAUAAGUCGGCCCAUUCUCACGUGGUUUCGUCCCCAUAUGAGAGCCCACAAUAUCCCAUCGAAAUUCAGGAAACAAAAAAAGCAAUCCAACGCCAAAUCGACAACAGGUGGGCCUUGAAAACGGGUGUGGGAUAACAGUCAGAGCUUGUAUGACGAAAUUUGCAUACCUUGAUUUUUUGCACUGUGCAGAUUUUUAGUUGAAAAAGCCUAGAUUUUUGCACUGUGCAGAUUUUUAGUUGAAAAAAGCCUAUGGUUUUGCACAGUGCAAAUUUUUAGUUGAAAAAAGCCUACGUUUUUGCACAGUGCAGAUUUUUAGUUGAAAAAAGCCUAUGGUUUUGCACAGUGCAAAUUUUUAAUUGAAAAAAGCCUACGUUUUUGCACAGUGCAGAUUUUUAUAUAAAAAUUUUUCUUAACGUCUGAAAAUUUGUUAUACAGAGUUCUGACUGCAAUUUUGUGCGUGCUUGCUAACUGCUUAUCCCUCUGCUGAAUCCCCUAAAAUCUCGUCGGAUUUUUAGGUGCUCACGCUCAAAUCGCCGCUUUUCCCUACAGUGAGUAUUGCUGUGUAGUGUGCAGAGAGUGUUUGUAGAGUCCGUAAAGAGUUUUGUAAAAGUGGAAUAACAAUCGUGGUUGUUCUUGGAGUGAUUAACCAUAACUUCGAAGGUAAAAAUGUGUAUUUUUGCUAAAAAAUGAGGAAAAUAGGGCGAUAUUUGGCAGAAAUUUAAUGAAUAUGCCAAUUAGAAACGGGUAAUUUGAAAAUUUAACCAUUAUUUUUUUUCAAAUUCCCAAAAAAAUCGAUUUUAAAAUUAUCGCAACUAGUCUGAUAACACGUAUAACCGGACACCUGGAGUCCUCUAUCAGACCUCCCAUUCAUUUUUUAUGACAUGCACUGUCUACAUAGUGCAUCGCACCCGUAAAAACCCGUGUUUUUCCACGAAACGACCGUUUUUUAAUAUUGAUCAGGUAAACGAACAGAUAAGGCAUCAGAAUUAAUUAACUUUGUACUGAUAAGCAAUCACAAUCCAGACUACGGUUUCGUCAUCGUUUAAAAGUGAAAGUGAAAAAAUGAAUUUGGGGAUAAGAUAGGGUAAGGGGGGGGGGGGAUGGGAGGGAGAUAAAAGAAUUUUUUUGGGCUUUGGGACAAUAGCGGAAGUUCUGAAGAUAAUUUGAGGUGAUAGGAUAUAGAGUUUUAAUAAAUUCGAAACUCAAAAACAUUUAUUAUAGUUCUGAAGGGAGUCCGGCCAACAAUUCGAGGCAUUUCCCGACAUUUUCGGUACAUUUCAAGGCUUUCGCGGUAGGACCGGAGUUGGGUCUUACAACGAAAACAUGAACUGACAAAAAAAUAAAUUUGGGUACCACCACGAAAAGUUGAAACUUUCGAGAUGCUGUUAAGUAGCUAAAAAUGUUGCCUAGAUGUUCUGCGCAGAGAAGGGAAUGGUUUUGAGAAGUUCCCGCCCAAUUUUUGUCAGUUCUAUCUCUACAGUGGCGGAACUGAUCCAGUGGCAGGAAAGGUACCAUUUUGCAUCUGGGAAGUACCAAAAACACAGCAAAAUGCCUCCCUCUCCAAGUCAAAACAAUUCGAUUUCAAAAGUGCGCUCUUUUUGUGAAAGAAAGGGCGCGCUCUUCAAAACAGAGUUUUUUAGUUGGAGAGGGAGGCAUUUUGCUGUGUUUUUGGUACUUCCCGGAUGCAAAAUGGUACCUUUCUUGCCACUGGAUCAGGUCCGCUACUGUAAAAAAAGAAUUGGCAAAAAAUGGGCGGGAGCUUCUCAAAACUAUUACCUUCACUGCGCAGAACAUCUAGGCAACAUUUUUAGCUACUUAACAGCAUCUCGGAAGAUUCAAGUUUUCGUGGUGGUACCCAAAUUUAUUUUUUUGUCAGUUCAGGUUUUGAUUGCAAGACCCAACUCCGGUCCCACCGCGAAAACCUUGAAAUAUACCGAAAAUGUCGGGAAAUGCCUCGAAUUGUUGACCGGACUCCCUUCGGAAAUAUAAUACGUGUUUUUGAGGAUUUGCCGAAAAUGCCUUUUGGGAAUGUUGAUUUUCGUUGCGAGACCAAAUUUGACUUCUCGCGUUUGCGGAAACUUCGUCGGCAAAGUGCAUAUCUCACCGUUUUGAUUCGAUUGCAGAUCAAAAUUAAUAAGAACUUGCUCAAUCUUUGAUGUUUUGUAAAAAUCAAAAACUUGUGACGAGACAGACCAAGUACAAUAUCAAAAUAAUGCAAACAAUCCCACGGCCUGUCAAUCUUUGCGCCAUUUAUCACUCCCGGCCAGCAAUUUGUCCCGCGUCAUGCUACAUUCGAACUGAUAAGCCGGUUUUUACAAUUUUUUUACAAUUUUUUUAUCCACAGCUUCCUUUUUUGCACAAUCCGUUACGGCGCUGAUAAGCCGAAGUGCACAUAUUGCAAUGUAGUUUUUUGCGAACAAUACAGAUUAAGACGCAAAGGUGGACUCGCUGAUAAGACGCGACUUAUCACGGGCUUGGCGUAGGUCAAGGAAUGGACCGGGGACUUGGAGAAUUAAGACGUCUGUCUGGAGAAGUUUGCGAAAUUCUUGGAACAAGAAAGAGGCUUACUCGAUAAGAAAACAAGCCAUAUUUUGUUGUAAGAGGCUUUGUUGCAGACUUGAGAAAGGUUGUGAUGCUUUUUUGGGACAAUAAGCACGUUUUUAGCUAAAAUUUGUCAAGUAUAAGGUAAAAAUUUAUGGAAUUUAGAGUUUUGAUGCUUGAUUUAGGGUAAAAUACGCAGUCCAUAGCUGUUACUAUAUUUCUGCAAGAUAUAAUAUCAAUUUUUUAAAUUUUUUUGUGAAGAAAUAACAAAAAAAUUUCGAGUUUUAUUGAUUUUUGGCGCUUUUUCGAGAUUUUUUUGAAAUAUUUUGAAUGAGAAGGAAGGUAAACUUGUUUUUGAAGGUAUUAUUACAAGAUGAGCCCGCCAAACAUGGAAACACUCGUUAUCCGGUAAGUUUACGGGCUUUUCGAGCUCUAAACCUCCAAAAAUUAUAUUGUUAUAGCGUAAAAUUGAAGGUUUGCUGGUUUUUGCAAAAGAUUAUGACACUAGAGGUUGUAUGGAAGCUUUUGGAGCAUGUUCUGACCUUAUUUUAGUCGGCUGCUUUCUUCCAAAUUUCGGACUUUCGGCUUUUGCCCGAUAAGUUUAUUUCCGACGCCGACGGGUCUUUCGAAAAGUGUCCGAGUUUUUAAACAGCUUUCCGAAGCUUGUUUGGAAAUCUGGGAAAGCAAGAUAACGGCCGAGAUAAGGAUCGGACCAAAAAUUAUUGUCUAAAAUUGUUUUGUUCGUAGCAAAAGAAUGGAACGGCUGAGUCAAGUGAAUUACGGAUGUUAUGAGCCGAGGUAGGGUAGAAUAUACUUUUUUUAUACUUUUUUGUGUGAACAGAGUUAAAUUUGAGGAUUGUGGGAUGAAAACGACUUUGAAGGCUGUUAAUGGCUAAAGUAAUAUAAAAAAGAUAAAAGUUUCUGCAAGAUUUUGAGAACUGAUAGUAGUAUGCUUCUGUUAACGGAUGCUGUCUCCAGUGAGAGCUUUUUAAACGCUCUCACUGGUUUUUAAACAUGAGUUUGGGUCCCACCACGAAAACCUGAAAAUUGCCAAAAAUGCCCGGAAAGGCUUGGAAAAGAUUUGUUGGAUAGUGAAUUCAGUCAGAGCUUUUUAGACAAGAUUUUUUGCGGUUUUUGAACAAGAGUUUGGGUCCCACCACGAAAACCUGAAAAUCGCCGAAAAUGCCCGGAAAGGCUUGGAAAAGAUUUGCUGGAUAUUGAAUUCUGUUAGAGCUUUAUAGACAAGUUUUUUUUUGCGGUUUUGAACUUGAGUUUGGGUUCCACCACGAAAACCUGAAAAUUGCCAAAAAUGCCCGGAAUGGCUUGGCAAAGAUCAGCUGGUUAUUGAAUUCAGUGAGAGCUUUUUAAACAAGAAUUUUUGCGGUUUUUAAAGAUGAGUUUGGGUCUCACCACGAAAACCUCAAAAUCGCCAAAAAUGCCCGGAAAGGCUUGGAAAAGAUCAGCUGGUUAUUGAAUUCAGUCAGAGCUUUAUAGACAAGAAUUUUUGCGGUUUUUAAACAUGAGUUUGGGUCCCACCACGAAAACCUGAAAAUUGCCAAAAAUGCCCGGAAAGGCUUGAAAAUGGUCUUGUUGUGCUGGUUUGUCCCUCUGUGUGUUAUGAGUGAGAGUGCUGAAUAAAAAAAAGUGGAAUUUUCAAUCGUAAUACUCAAAAAAUUUAGAGCUCGCCUCGAAAGUAACGGGCUUCCCUCCCCCGACCGCCAUCUCUCCCAUUCCCCUCAACCGACGGCGGAAGUCGGCGCUUGGGGCGACUCGAAUGGCCUCCCGCCGGAACGGGACGUGGUCUCCCCGCAACUGGUGGAAAUGCACACUUUCCGCGAUGCCAUCGACGUAAAUUAUCAACGAAUGGCCUUGACUGGCGAAGAAUUGAGCGGAGUAGGUUGGAAUUGGAAUUACAGGGAGUUGUGAAGUAUUUAGAGAAUUUUUUAGGCAUUUAGAGGCAGUAAAUUUUUUGAAAAAUUAUUUUAAAGCUAAAAGUUUGGGAAAUUUUGACAUUUUUUUGCUUCCAAGAAAAAUUUAGCUGAUUUUCCUUAGACUUUUGGCAUUUUUAGGUGUUUGAAAGCUCUCUAUAAGCUGAUGGAAAAGUUUUUUAACAAUUUGAGCUACUAAAUUUGCGAAAAAACCGAAUUUUCCCGCUGAAACCCCGAAAAUUUUGAAAAUUUUAAAGAUUUUUUCGUAAAUCGCGAUAUUUCUUCAAAAUUCUAGUGUUUCAGGUACCCCUGGAGGACUUAAAAGUCGCCUCGAAGCUCAUCAAGGAAGCCCUUCAGAUCAGGCAGGACAACAUGGACAGAAUCGGCAACUUCUUCCCCACCACCACUCGCAACUUCCUCACCGGAGAAUAUCCCAAAAAUUUACCGAAAUGCCGUAGGAAAAAUACGGAAAUGUGUAAGUGGCUGCGAUCAGAGUACUGCGAUUUGCGAAUGGGAGGCAGUUCUAUGAGAUUUUUUUUUGAAAAUCGGAUUUUUUGAUGAGAUUUUUUUUCCAUAGAGCUCAUGGAUAAUAUAGCAAAAAAGUGACGAAUUUUUAUAUCAGAAACAGCGGAAGUGAACGUAUUUUAGCUUUUUAGGAGAUGUGAAAACGGUAUCCGCAAAAAAUUUCAGUCUUUUCCGAAAUUUUUUUGAUCGCGUUGGGUCCCGCAGCGAAAACUUGAAAAUCCCAAAAAUGCCCCCCGAAUCUCGAAAAAGUCGAAGACUUUGAAAGUGUGUUGAUAUUGUAAUGGUAUGGAAGUGAAGUUGGCGCCCCCCUUCAUGGGACCUUUACCCGGUUAUUGUUACAGUAUGCCGCCAUUUAUUGAUUAAUUUGCUUGCAUUUCAUACCGACCGAUGGAACCGCCGCCUGUAAUUAUUUGUGAUUUUAGUGGGAAUGCUAUGUAGGUUUUGUUGCGGACGAGAAAAAUUGCACCAGCUAUUCCUGAAUUUUCGGUAUCUGUCGAGAAUUGGUUACGGUAACUUGGAAUAUUUUGUCGUUUUAUGGUGGUUUGUGGUCGAUAUUGUAGCAGUGAAUUGUGUUUUGGAAUUUCAAAACGUUGUGGGAAGCAUUUUAAACUAUUUGCGAGCGAAUUGUGGGAAAAUCAUGUUUUCGUGGCGGGACCAUUUUGGUCCCACAGCGAAAACUUGAUUAGGGAGAAUUGAGUUCGGAAACAAGUUGAAAGUGAAGUCUAGAGUUUGUAAAGUGGUAUUAUGAUUAUUUAAAUUGAGAUUUACGCAUGGAUCACACUUAUAUUACACUUGAUCUUCAAGGAUAAGAUAAGGUCUUUAUAAAAGCCCCUAAUAUUAUAUAGUCGGUAAUGGGGAGCGACGAUUGGGGAAAAAGACAGUUGGGGAAACCGGAAAGUAUUAUUUCUCUUCGAUGUAUCGUUUUUUGAUCGUUAAUUUUUCCUUCAAGUAGCACUGUGAAGUAGUACUUUUUGAUUUUUUUUUCGUAAAUGUACUUCUCAUUUUCGAAAUCAGCACCAUCGAAUACCCGAAAGUCGAGUAUUCAUGAAAAAAAUCAGAAAGUUAUUACUUUACAGUACUAAUUCAGGAAAAUAGUAAUGAUCAAAAAAGUCAUACAUCGAAGAGAAAUAAUACUUUUCAGUUUCCACAAUUGUCUUUUUCCCCAACGCUCCCCGUUACCGACAAUAUUUGGGGCUUUUAUAAACACUUGUUGAGCUUGUCUUGUCCUUCAACAUCAAGUGUAAUAUAAGUGUGAUCCAUGCAUAAAUUUCAAUUUAAAUAAUCAUAAUAUCACUUUAAAAACUCUAAACUUUACUUUCAACUCGUUUUCGACCUCAUUUCCUACUAAUCAAGUUUUCGCUGUGGGACCAAAAUGGUCCCGCCACGAAAACAUGAUUUUCACCCAAUUCGUUCCCAAAUGGUCUGAAAAGCUCUGAACUUCACUUCCAACUGAUUUCUGACCGCUAAUUCCGUAGGUAAUAGCUAGAUAACAAAGAAAAUCACAUAAUUUUUGGGUACAGUAAAUUUUGAAAAGCUUUGUUUAGUAGCCUCGCUCGAAAACGAGCGCCGACGCCAGUAUAUCCAACAAGAAGAGGCCGAACAAGAAAGAAUCCGUCGUCUGAUGGAGGAACGCCGCAGCUCAGGUUAGGGCGUGCCGAGAAAUUGACUAACACCCCCUGCCCCGCUCACUUGGGGUACUUUUUUCAGCUGAUUAGUGGCUUGGAAAUGGAAUUUAAACAUGCUUGAAGGGUUGUAAAUUAAGCUUGUGCUGUGGGAAUUACUGUAACAUGUGUCCUUUUGCUUUGUCAACUUUGGUUUUGCGAUUUUUCACUCGAUUUUGGUGAUUUUUCCCAUUUCUUGGUGAAUUUCGUCAAAUUUUCGGGUGAAUUUCGACUUAAUUUUGACUUCUGGAUACUGUAUUUUUUUAUAUUUUAUUUUGGGUAUUUCAAUGUUUGGUUUUCCUUUGUUUUUUUGCUUUGUUUUGAGUUUUUUUUACAUUUUUUUUCAUUUUACACCCUAAAAUCUUCCAAAAACCCUUGAAAAUAACACAUCUGUUCCUGAGUAUGCAAAAAUAACUCGUUGAUUUCGCAUUAAAAUGUAAUUGCGCAUCGUUUUCCAGCCGCACAUACCUCAUUCCAUCCGCCGGAGCCGCCGGUCGACCAUUGGGGCCUGAAUCAAGCCCUCCCAAAGUAUGAAACCUUCAAAUUGGGGAGGAGACACGGCGUGGUAGGUCGAUUUUUUUGACGGAAAAAUGUGUCAUAAAGAUUGAAGAUGAAGUGAAGGUAGAUUUGGGAUGAAAAUAGCCAGAGGGGAUUAGGUAAAAAUUGAAAAAAUCAAAAUUUUGGGGAAAAAUGGCCUAAAAUAAGGUAAAAAUGGAUUUUGAACAGUGGAAGUGGAGCUAAUCUGACUUCAUAUAGCUUUUUCUUUGAAGUUUAUGACCUGUAGCUAUGGUUGGAGGUGAAAAUAGCCACACGGGAUUAGAGAAAAAUUGAAAAAUUAAAAUUUUGCAGGAAAAUGGCCUAAAAUAAGGUAAAAAUGGAUUUUGAGCAGGGAAAGUGGAGCUAAUCUGACUUCAUAUAGCUUUUUCUUUGAAGUUUAUGACCUGUAGCUAUGGUUGGAGGUGAAAAUAGCCACACGGGAUUAGAGAAAAAUUGAAAAAUUAAAAUUUUGGAGGAAAAUGGCCUAAAAUAAGGUAAAAAUGGAUUUUGAACAGUGAAAGUGGAGCUAAUCUGGGUCAAAAUAGCUUAUGCUCUGUAGAGGCGGUUGGAGGUGAAAAUAGCCACAGGGGAUUGGGGGAAAAUUGAGAAAAUCAAAAUUUUGAAAUAAAAUUGCUUAAAAUAAGGUAAAAAUUGAUGAUUUUGAUGUGAAACUGAAGAUAGAGUAAUGUAUUUUGGUUUUUUAUUGAAGAUUAUGGCCUAGAAUGUGAAUUUAGAGUUAUAUAGCCGGAGGAAAUUUGAAAAAAAAGUGAAAAUUGAGGUUUUCCCCAAAAAAUCGUCUAAAAUAAGGUAAAAUUGACGGUUUGAGUCCGAAGACAAGGCUAAAUUUAUAUUUUCCCCCUCCAGGUUGAAGUUCUCAACGCUCAAGGCGACUUACACCCGGAAUUGGCCAACUUUUACAUCAGCCGGCAACAGUUUUUGAAGGAUUACGAGCGCCUGAUCACGAUGAUUGCGGACGGCCCACUGAAAUCGUUUUGCUACCGCCGCCUCUCCUUCCUCCAAACCAAAUUCCAGCUGCACGUGCUGCUGAACGAACUCCGCGAGCUGCACGAACAGAAAUCCGUGCCGCACCGCGACUUUUACAACAUCAGGAAGGUGGACACGCACAUCCACGCCGCCUCCUCCAUGAACCAAAAACAUUUGCUGCGUUUCAUCAAGAAGAAGCUGAAGACCGAAGCCGAUGUGGUCGUCAUGGAACAGGUAAGGCCUUCAAUUUUGUUAUGUGAAAAGAUUUUGGCCAAAAAAAUUGAGUUGGAAUAUCAAGAAUUUGAUUUUUUGACAUCCACCCCAUCUACAAUAUGGUGAUCAAAAAAAAUGUCGGAUUUUCCAGGGAAACCGCAAAAUCACGAUGAAGGAACUGUUCGAGGAACUCGGUCUGGACGCCUACGACCUCAGCGUGGACAUGCUCGACGUGCACGCCGACCGCAACACCUUCCACCGCUUCGACAAGUUCAACACCAAGUACAAUCCGGUGGGCCAGAGCUCACUGCGCGAAGUUUUCAUCAAAACCGACAAUUAUGUGGAGGGAAAAUACUUUGCGGAAGUCCUGAAAGAAGUACUAUCGGAUCUGGAGGACUCGAAGUACCAGCAGGCAGAGCCAAGGCUAUCGAUUUAUGGCCGAAAAAAUGAUGAAUGGGAUAGACUGGCUAAAUGGGCGAUUACGAACGAUGUUUGGUCGCCGAAUGUCAGAUGGAUGGUCCAGAUCCCUCGAUUAUUGUAAGAGAUGUUGGUUUUGAGCGGAUUUGCAGGGUUUCCCUGAUUUUCAGGGUUUUCGUGGUGGGACCCAAAAAGUUGAAAAUGUUGUGUAAAUAUGCCAAAUUAGGUGGUAAUAAUUUUUUUGGGUAUAUUGGAGCUUUAAAAAGCCCUGGGAGGUUUUUAUGGAUGAUUGAAAGUUUUCGUGGUGGGACCAAAAAAGUUGAGAAAGUCGUGUAAAUAUGCCAAAUAAGUUGGUGAGGCGUUUUUUGGGGCAUAUUGAAGCUUUAAAAAAGCCUGGGGGUCUUUUAUGGACAAUUGAAAGUUUUCGUGGUGGGACCAAAAAAUUUUAAAAACGCAUUUUUUUGUUUUGAAAGGCCUAAAAUAAUGUCAAAUCAGGUUAAUAAGGUGUUUUGCAAAUUUUUAUUUCGUAAAAUACGGUUUUUUAGUGAUGUCUACAAGCAGAAGAACAUGAUCGCAAACUUUGACGAAUUCCUGGACAACCUGUUCACACCGCUGUUCGAAGCCACGAACGACCCGGAUUCGCAUCCCGAACUCUUCAGGUUCCUCCUGAAUGUCAGUGGAAUCGACUCGGUUGAUGACGAAUCCAAACACGAAUAUGUGCAUGUAAGUGGUCAUGUGUAAUAUAAUUUUUGUAAAGCUUUGGUGAUUUUUCGGGGGUUUUUGGACGAAAUUUUGUAACUAGAUAAGGAAAUAUUGCCUUGAGGCCGGUAACGCACCAUUGAAUGGUAUUUGAAUCAUUUUUCGGUCAAAUGGAAAAAAUUUUCUGCACAGUGCAAAAUCGUAGGCUUUUUUAGCCUAAGUUGUUGCACAGUGCAAAAUCGUAGGCUUUUUUUAGCCUAGGUCUUCGCACAGUGCGAAAGUUUGAGACGAUUUUUGAAUUUGGCAUCGAAAAAUCGUGGCGAUUUUUGUGAAAUGAAAGCUGAUAACUCUUCAAAAACACCUUAGGAAAUAUCACUUUGAGUAUGCACAAAUUUUUCGCAAAAAAAAAUUUUUGAAAAAAAAAUUUUUUUUGGAUUUUGAUGCUAGAAUAAUGUAAUUUUCAGUUCGACAAAACAACUCCCGAGCCCGCAGACUACAACGACCCCGAGAACCCACCCUACAGCUACUAUUUGUACUACAUGUACGCGAAUCUGACCGCCUUGAACGCGUUCCGCCGCAUGCGAGGCCUAAACACAUUCGCCCUCCGCCCGCAUUGCGGCGAAGCCGGCCAUGUGAACCACCUAAUCAUCGGCUAUCUGACCUCCGAAAGCAUCUCUCACGGCCUCCUGUUGAGGAAAGUCCCCGUUCUGCAGUAUCUUUUCUACUUGACCCAAAUGGGAAUGGCCAUGUCGCCACUCUCGAAUAAUUCCCUAUUCAUCAGCUAUCAUCGAAACCCACUCCCGGAAUACCUAAUGAAAGGCCUGAAUGUGUCGAUCUCCACGGACGACCCGCUCCAAUUCCACUUCACCAAAGAGGCCCUGAUGGAGGAAUUCAGCAUUGCCGCACAGGUAGGGAGAAAUACAAGAAGUUCGGAGCUGUUUAUUAUCCAAUAUUAUCCAUGAGGGGUAUAUUAUUCAUAAGGCAACUGAUAUUGAAAACGCUGACAACUUCCUCGAAAUGAUCUAAAUCAUCAAAAUAGAAGUUCUUUGAUGAUUUAAUAAGCCCUCAACAGCUCUUACUCUCAUUUUUCUUAUUAUAUUAUCCAUGAGACACUUGUUACUCAAAUUGUCUACAGCUCUCCUAAAACCAACUAAACCAUCAAAAUCCAUAUCCAAGAAUAUUCAGCGACCCUCAAGAUUUCUAUAAAACCCUAAACUCUCCCUACUUCCACUCUACAUCAAUCAGUUUUCGCCUAUAUUAUCCAUGAGGCAUCUGCUAUUGAAACCGCUGACAACUUUUUCAAGCUGACCUAAAUCAACAAAAAAGCUGUUUCUUCGUCCUCAACAGGCCCUACUCUCUCCGUAAAUUGCAUAUCAUACGGCUGAAUACUAUCUAAAUUUUGUCUAUAUUAUCCAUGAGGCAUCUGCGAAGUUUGGAUAGUAUUCAGUGGUGUGAUGGGUAGUUUUGAAUAGUAUGGAGAGAGUAGGGUCUAUUGAGGACAAUGGAACAGCUAUUUUGGUGGUUUACGAUAGUUUGAGAAAGUUUUCAGCGGUUUCAAUAUCAGGUGUCUCAUGGAUAAUAUAGGCGAAAACUGGUUAGUGUAGAGUGGAAGUAAGGGGAAUUCUGGGGUUUAUAGAAAGCUUAAAGGUCGCUGAAUAUUCUUGGAUAUGGAUUUUGAUGGUUUAGUUGGUUUUAGGAGAGCUGUAGACAAUUUUACAUCAGGUGUCUCAUGGAUAAUAUAAUAGGAAAAAUGGGUUUGAAAGUGAAUGUAUUACCGGAAAAUUGACCUUGUCUUCAAUUUUAGACCAUAUUGAAUGGUUUAUAGCAAUUUUGAAGUGAACUGGGUAAAUUCAUGUUUUCGUGAUGGGACCAAAAAUUUUCCAACAUUACUUUAAAACGAAUUUUUAUCAACGUAUAAUGUUGUCUGUAGGUCUGGAAGCUGUCCAGCUGCGACAUGUGCGAGCUGGCCCGCAAUUCGGUGCUCCAGUCCGGCUUCGAAGACAAGGUAAAGAUCCACUGGCUCGGUCCCAACUACAAAGAAGAAGGCGUCCUGGGCAACGACGUCGCCCGAACCAAUGUCCCCGACAUCCGAGUUUCAUUCAGACACGAAGCCCUCGUCGACGAACUCUACAACUUGUUCCGCUCACAUCAUUUGUAA